UUUUUUUGACCUGACUGUUCUUCUUCUGCGGUUGUCGAUUGAACCUUUUGCCAGUUUUGUUUUGCAAUCCAAUGAUAACCUUGUAAUUGAAGCUUGACCCUUCUCGACUCUCGUUAAUCCACCGUUUUAUGAUCGACAAGCAGCCUUUGGCUGACUGCAAUUCCGACCGCGACGCCGACCCGACGCACGCUUUGAGCUCUGCCAAACGUCUCGAAACCAAACAAAGCGAUUCCGCAUCUCGCUUCGACGAUUACACCCCGGAUCGCCUACAAUGGCUCGGUCCGCGAGCUCCAAGCCGCCGGUCGCGCGGCCAUCUCCCCCGCCGCAGGUACCGGCUCCGAGCCAAAAGCCCAAGUCGAAAGCGAUGAAGCGCAAGGACGAUUACUCGUCUGAAGGCGUCGAGGACAAUGAUGUUUUUCUGCUGCCGGGUUCCGAUUUCCAACUGGUCCUUGUUAUCACCGUGCUGGCCGCCGCUGUGCGCCUGUUCCGCAUAUCCCAGCCCACGAGCGUCGUCUUCGAUGAAGUCCACUUCGGCGGCUUCGCCUCCAAGUACAUUAAAGGCCGUUUCUUCAUGGACGUUCACCCCCCGCUCGCGAAGCUCUUGAUCACGCUUUUCGGCUGGGUGGCUGGAUUUGACGGAAAUUUUGACUUCAAGGAAAUCGGCAAGGACUAUCUAGAGCCUGGCGUUCCCUAUGUAGCCAUGCGCAUGUUCCCCGCCAUCUGCGGCAUCCUUCUCGCCCCGGCUAUGUUCUUGACCCUCAAGGCUGCCGGUUGCCGCACUUCCACUGCCACAAUGGGUGCUGGUCUCAUUAUCUUUGAGAAUGGACUCCUCACUCAGGCGCGCCUGAUCCUCCUCGAUUCCCCCUUGAUGAUCGCCACCGGCUUCACCGCCCUUGCCUUCACCUGUUUUACUAAUCAGCAAGAGCUUGGGCCCUCUCGAGCCUUUGGCCUCAGCUGGUGGUUCUGGCUUGUCAUGACUGGUCUUGGUCUCGGCAUAACUGUCAGCAUCAAAUGGGUUGGUUUGUUCACCAUCGCUUGGGUUGGUGCCUUGACCCUGGUUCAGCUCUGGGUUCUGUGGGGCGACUACAAAAACGUCACAAUUCGCAUCUUUGCCAAGCACUUCAUAGCCCGCAUCUUCUGUCUCAUCAUCAUCCCCCUGACCUUCUACAUGGCCAUGUUUGGAAUCCACUUCCUCUGCCUUGUCAACCCUGGCGACGGCGACGGCUUCAUGAGCUCCGAGUUCCAGUCGACUCUCAAUUCCAAGGGCAUGCAGAACGUCCCCGCCGAUGUCCUCAUGGGUAGCAGGGUCACGAUCAGGCACGUCAACACUCAGGGUGGUUAUCUCCACUCGCACCCCCUGAUGUAUCCUACAGGAUCCAAGCAGCAGCAGGUCACCCUUUAUCCCCACAAGGAUGAUAACAACCUGUGGCUCCUCGAGAACCAGACUCAGCCGCUCGAUAUGCACGGCGAGCCUAUCAACGGCACCAACGCUUGGUACAACCUUCCCGAGCUUCCUUAUAUUGAGAACGGUGCCGUAAUCCGGCUCUACCAUCUCCCCACUCACCGCCGCCUUCACUCCCACGAUGUUCGCCCGCCCGUCACCGAGGCUGAUUGGCAGAACGAAGUCUCUGCCUACGGGUAUGAGGGCUUUGACGGGGAUGCGAACGACUUCUUCCGCGUCGAGAUUGUCAAGAAGAAGUCCAAGGCGGGCGUUGCGCAGGAACGUCUCCGCACCAUCGACACCAAGUUCAGGCUCGUCCAUGUCAUGACGGGCUGUGUGCUGUUUUCCCACAAGGUCAAACUCCCUGAAUGGGCCUCUGAGCAGCAAGAAGUCACCUGCGCCCGGGGUGGCACUCUCCCCAACAGUCUGUGGUACAUCGAGUCGAACGACCACCCUAAGCUGGGCCCGAAUGCUGAGACGGUCAAUUAUGCCAACCCCGGCUUCUUUGGCAAAUUCUGGGAACUGCAGAAGGUCAUGUGGAAGACGAAUGCGGGGCUCGUCGAGUCCCAUGCCUGGGAUUCUCGCCCGCCUUCGUGGCCUAUCCUCCGGCGCGGUAUCAACUUCUGGGGCAGGGACCACCGCCAGAUUUACCUGAUCGGCAACCCCGUCAUCUGGUGGAGCGCUACCGCAGCCAUCCUACUCUAUGUCCUGUUCAAGGGCAUCGCUGUUCUCCGCUGGCAGCGCAGUUGCGAUGACUACUCGAUCCCCGUCUUCAAGCGGUUCGAUUACGAGAUUGGCACUUCGGUGCUUGGUUGGGCUCUUCACUACUUCCCCUUCUAUCUCAUGCAGCGCCAGCUCUUCCUCCACCACUACUUCCCCGCCCUUUACUUUGCGAUCAUGGCCUUCUGCCAGAUUUACGACUUUGUUACGGCACGCAUCCCAGGCAUUGGUCUAAGGGAACACCCCAUCGUCAACAAGGCUGGCGCUGUUACUUUCCUUGUCCUGUCGAUGGUUGCCUUUACUCUGCUUUCUCCUCUCGCGUACGGAAACCCCUGGACCAAGGCCGAGUGCAACCGUGUCAAACUCUUCAACACUUGGGAUUGGGAUUGCAAUACUUUCUUGGACAGCUAUGACGCCUACAACACCGUGCCAUCCAUCCUGGCGGCCGCGCAGACCCCUCAGCAGUCAGCCAACGCCCAGCAACCCCCUGUAGCAGGCGGACAGCAAGGCCAAGUCCCCAUCGCGAAUGUUCAGCAGCCGGGGGUCUCGGGCGCGCCCCUGGCACCGAACCAGCGGCUGGUCCACACCGAGGAGCGCGUCGAGUACCGCGACCAGGACGGCAACCUCCUGAACGAGGAGCAGGUCAAGGCCCUCGAGGGCAAGGUUGAGUUCAAGACGCGCUAUGAGACGCGCACUCGGGUCGUUGACGCCGACGGUAACGAGGUGCUGCUGCCCGCGGGCGAGCAGCUGCCGGAACAGCAGGCGGAGCAGGCUGCUCCAGUGGGCGUCGCACCGCCGCAUCCUGAUGUUGAGGGUGCCAACAGCGAGACGCCCAAGCGGGUUGUCCCCGACGAAGAGAUCCCCGAGCCCAAGCAGAGCGUCGAGGGCGAGAAGGAGCGCGAGGGCAAGGCGGCCAAGCCGGCCAGUGAGAAGAACGAAGCCAGCGCCAAGGUGGAUGAACUCUGAGGAAUGGUGUGAUAAAGGGUGAGGGUGUAGGAUUAAUCACGGUGGAAGGUGUCCUUCGGCGUGUACUCCAGCUAUCUCCUGUUGUACCAUCUCAGUGAGUGUUUUCCCCUGGGUAUCUAAUGAACUGGGAAGGUGGGAUAAGAGGGUGGGAAAAGCAUUUUGACUGGCUUGGUAAGAAGGGAGAGAUGGUUUGCGUUGAUCUCGUUUGUCAAGUCGGACCGUGGGGGUAAGAGAGAUGCUGCUGCAUGUGCAAGCAGUGGGUGUUGAAGCCGGUAUCCACGACUCUACAUCAACAGUGAGGGACACACCUGGUCCUGUUUCCUUGGUAUCUCAUCUCUGAAUAAAUGGAUCUGAUCAUUUCUUUUCCGGUU